ACAGGUGAAAUCAAACAGAAAGCGAGUAGAGAUUUUGCAGACAGGGUCGAGUUGCCAAUUAGGCCACGGAAAUUCAAAACAGCGGACAGACUGUGUGUAUGUAGAUCAUACCCCAUUGUGCCCCGGGUUUAUGAUGAGUGGGUGUCUCGAACAAUUCACUCGACAUUAGUCGCUUAUCUGGGAUGGUCUUCAGGUGUGCUGUUUUAAAAAGCUAAAUCGUGGAUUUUUCGACUUCAACUUCUACUAGUAAUGGCAGACGUAGAUUCGGGCCGAGCUUGAUGUUCUACGAAGAUGUCAAUCCGGCGACCGGGGGACUUGUUCCCGAGAAUCGAGUUAGGCGGACAACAACUCUCCAAUUCUUCAGUUAAUUUUCAAAAUGUUGAAGAUUUCAAGCAACUGAUAGUGAAAUGUAAAGAAACCAUCACUGACGAUGGAACGUAUGAAGAAAAAAUUGUCACGGAUAGUCGAUCAUUGAAGGAUGACGUCAAUGGAAAUAUGAUAACAGUGGACGAGGAUGAAGAAGAGGAGGAGGACCCAGAAGCUGGGCUGGACACGUCACAGCUGCUCGUGAGAGCCCAGAAGAACUUGGAAUACCUCGACCUCGCUGAGGCUGAGAGACUCUUCCUGAAGACUUACAAACACUUACAGGACAAACCAGAGGCCAAUGACCACACGCUGAUCGACAUCCACUUUGGUCUGGCCGAGGUGUGCACGAGGAAGAGCAGAACGAGUCGACACAGCCCUCUGGAGUGGCUGUGGCUGUGCAUCCAUGCCACCACACUGCUGCAGGAAGCCAUCGAGAUGUGUGCCACAGAGAUGGUCAACGAGAAGGACAACAAGAGGCACGAGUAUUACAAAGGACAGAGGGUGUGGGCAGAGAACCGUUGCCAUGGGUUACGGGACGUCAUUGCGCGGACCAUCCACACGUGGCUCAAGCAGAACUGGGAGGUGAUUGACCCCGCCAGUGCGCACAACACACUGGGUCAGAUGCCAUCGGCGCCAUACAGGUUUUCCGUGUCCAACCUGCUGGGGAUAGUUCCGCGACAGUAUCAGUCUCAGUACCUCAGCCAAGCCUUCAGUAUGGAGAGUCUCCACGACACUCCCCUGUCCCAGCUGGUGAACGCCGGCAAUGCUAACUGGUUCAAAAGGAUCUUGUUCUACUGCCACAGGAGGCUGAGCAGCAAUAAUGUGAAGGAGAUAAUGGAGGAGACAUUAAAUCAUAAAGUAACAGGCUCAGACAUUGGCUCCUCUGACCCUCAGAUUGAAAGUUUAGAGUCCUUAGCUACUAGUGACACUGGAAACUACUCUGAUAUAGAUGUUGAUGACAAGGCAAAAUUAGAUAGUCCUGUGAAGGAACAUUCAUUAGCGUUUGAGCUUGCUGCAGGCAAAGUAGAUACGAGUGGCUGGUCUUUCUUUUUGGAAGAAAGGAAGACAUUUGAAGUGGAAGGUAUAACGGAGCUUGUGUCUCAAGCUCCAGCACGUUUGUCAGAAGAGUCAGAAGAAUCAGAAGAGCAGCUGGAUUGUCCAGCAGACUCUGAAUCUGAGCCAUCUGCUGUUGUGGAUGAGGUCAAAGUGUUGACAUCACCUGUGCUGGAACGCCCCAUCAAACUGACCAUAGCUAAAGUCUUCCACAAGGUGGUUUCGAGGCUUCUGGAGGAGAACGAAUUCCAGAAAGCCGAGCUGCUCACGGAGGAAGUGCUGGAGAUAGUUGACAACAUACAGGAUGGUACAGUGAGAAUGCUGCGUUUCAGUGCUCAGCUAAUGCAGAACAUUGGGCUGUUGUGUCUGCGGCAGGGAGACAUGUGUAAAGGCAUGAUCAAUCUUGAGAAUGCUCUCGGCAUAUUCCGUGACCUGCAGGAUCAUGAGGCUCACCGAGAGGUGUCUUUGGUGCUUAUCGAUAUUGGUAAUGCUUAUGUCUUUGAUGUGCUUAGUGAGGACGCUUUGCAUAAUGAAAUAAUUAAUGCUGUGCGAGAAUUUUUCGAAAGAGAAGCGUCGGAUGACACAGAGAGUGGGGAAUCUAGUCCAGAAAAUAUGAGGUCACAGGAACUGCCGACCCCAGCAAAAAAUGUGACAGUUAUAAACGAAGCGAUACGGUGCUACCGAGAGAGUCUGAGUGUCCUGGAGAACAGUGACGAAAAACAGAUACAUCUCGUUGCCAAGGCAGUCAUGAAACUUGGCGACUGCCAUUUUGUUCUGAAGGAAUACCCCGAAGCUCUGGACUGUUAUGAGCGAGCAAUGCAAUACUUCCGGGCAUCAAUGAUUCACGGGAAGGAGUCGCUGUCGAUGAAUGCCCAUGUGCUGUGCAUGCUUGGCGUGUCCACGUUCAUGCUACAUGUGUAUCCUCGUUCAGCACACGUGUUUGAGCUCGCCCUAAUGAUGGUGCGGCAGUUGCAGCGCUCCCACGGAGUGACCCACGACUCUUUUCUCCGAGCUCUGCUCCAUUCCUUGCUGGGCAUCAGCUACUACAAGAUGAAAACCUACCACAAGUGUGUGUCCAUGUGCUAUCAGGCUUUCGAAAUCUUCUGGAACCUGUACGAGGAGUCCAUGCCAAAUCUGACUCGGGAGAAAUUCUGGAUCAUCUGUCAGAACUUGUACAUUCUUGGAAACUCUUACAAUGUUCUCAAUCUUCAGCACAAGGCCAUCAAAUACCUCAAUGUUGGACGUGAGCUGAUGAAGAUGUCAAAGGUCAGAGAGAAGCGUCAGUUCAUGAGGAUUCUUCAGAUUCUUGGCGACUGUUACUUUGCACAGUAUGAUUACAAGACUGCUCUGGUUUACUACAAUGAGGCUCUUGAAUUUGGUGACCAUGCAGCAGAUGACUUGGCUCAUGCGAUAGAACAGCAGACCAUCUCGGACAUUGAGGCAGACAUUGCCCUGAAUCGGGCAUCCGAGGACAUGGCCCUCCACAACCAGUUGCUGAGUCGCUCGGCGGAUGCCCACAUUAGCAUGAAGCAGUACCAGAAUGCUGUGCACUACCUGGAACAGGCUAGAGACAUCCAGGAUGUUCUGGAGGAUGAUAUCAAAGGAGAUCUUGUCAGCACACUCUACACACUAGGUCAGAUGCACUCGAUAGCUGGAGACGUGGACAAAGCCAUCGACUCAUACAAAGAGAGUCUGGAGGUGUACCGGGAACUGCAUGACGGGGGACUUGGGCCAGAGAUGUGCACAUCACUCGGUAACCUAGCAACCAUGUGCUAUGUGAAGGCUUGCAUCUGCGAGUCAAUUGACCAGGAGCUGGAGAUGAUUCUUGCUGCAGAGCAGUACUUCCAGGAUGCAAUAGCAAUAGAGAUUCAACAGAGCGUUUGUGUCAAAUAUGCCAACUUCCUGUACAGUCAGGGUAACUAUGAUGAUGCCAUCAUGUACCUGGAGGAUUCCUUGAAGCGGGGUGUGGAUCCAGAAGAUAUUGUGUUUGGAGGUCUUGAGAAGGUCACUCUACCAGACCCUCUGCAGGAUGAAGUUGAUGCCCAGGAAGAAGUAAUCAUGCCGUCCACGAGUCUGGCCCGCCUCAUCCUCAUCCUCUCCCACAAGAUGAUGCACCGCACUAAGGAAGCCAGCAAUGCCCUGCUCGAUCUCAUGGAGGAAGUCUACGACUCCGACAUUCCUUUCCUCUGGUCCGUGCUCGGCUACGCCAUGAUGGAGAUGCAGCUGUUUGAGGAGGCGGCGAACAUGUUUGCUACCGCCCACGCCAUGGACCCCUUCUACAACCUGGCUCUUGACAACUACUGCAUGUGUCUGUGCAUCAUGGCGCUCAAGAGUUUUCAGAAUGCGUUUGCAGCAUUCUUCAUCCAUUACAAGAUCUGGUAUGAGAAUCCAAGCAUUCCAGACUUUGCAAAAUCUAAAGUUUAAACAAUAUUUAUCAUGAUCACGUACACGGUUUGGAGGUCGGACAACAGGAGUUAGCCAACCAAAAGGUCUCUCUCUCUCUAUUUUACAAAUACAACAUUCCGGAAUUCACAAAAUCUUUAAACAAUAUUUAUCAUUGUCACAUAUGCUAUUUGGAGAUUGGACAACAAGAGUAAGCCUAUAUAAAAGUCUCUUUCUAUAUUUUACAAUCACAAAAUUCUGGAAUUAGCAAAAUCUAAUGACAUGCACAUGGUUUAAACAAUAUUUAUCACUGUCACAUAUGCAAUUUGGAGAUUGGACAACAAGAGUAAGCCUAUAUAAAAGUCUCUUUCUAUAUUUUACAAUCACAAAAUUCUGGAAUUAGCAAAAUCUAAUGACAUGCACAUGGUUUAAACAAUAUUUAGCAUUGUCAAAUACGUGGUUUGGAGGUGGACAACAGGAGUAAGCAACAUAAAGGUCUCUAUCUCUAUAUAUUUUACAAAUACAAAAGUUUUGAGAUGCAUGUGAUCUAAUACCACAUCCAAGCAGUCUAGAAUGUGUGAGGUCUAUGGAGCAGUUUAGAUUUAAUUCCAUUUAAUAACUUGGUGGUUAUAUGUGUUAAUGAGCUUGAUAUGAUUUAAUGAAUUAUUAGAUCUAAACCAUUUGAUAUCUAUUAGAACGCACGCAUUCCACACCUUGUUAAAUCUAAUGAGUAACCACGUGUUUUAACACUUUGAUACGUCUAAGCCUUUUGAUCAUCUGCCAGGAGAACCUAGAAGUAUUGUAGAAUUUGUGAAAUCAAAAGAGCUGUCCAGGACUUGAAACACUCGAUCAUUACAUCUGCAGACCUCUUAAGGGGAGCCAUCACUCGCACUCCCCGUCACUCCCCUGAGAAUAGAUCAAGGAGAGUAAUUUUAGCUCCCCUCAGCUUGUGAAUUCAGUGGCAUAGCAUGGGUUCCCAGCGCCCGUGGCAAGGCAAGUAUUGCACCCCCUAACCAGUGGACCGUUAGCACUCCCUGAGUCCCUUCCACCAGUCCAGAAUUUUGCACCCAGGGCCACUGUGUGAAUUCAUAUGGUAUCAAUAUGGUAAUGUCUCAAAUGGCUCCCCAUAAUCUAUGUUAUUUACCUAUUAAUAACUCCUCAAUUCUUGUCACAUGGAGGUCUGCAGGCUAUGCAGAAUGCUUGUGAGUUGCACUUAUAAUUGAGGUUUUUGACUUAAAAACAAAUAAUUGUGAAAGUACAGCAGAUAAAACGGGCAUUAAAAGACAGAAAUCAGGUCAAACCUUGUUUAAAAACAUUUCUUUUGUCCAUCAAACAUGGAUUACGUUGUUCAUUAAAUCAGCUGGGAUGAUGAUUUACAUUCCAGAAUUUGCAUAACUAAACUAUUUUAAUACUGUUGAUUGUUACAUCUUGUAGGAGGAAUUCAGCAUUCCAGCAUUUCCAGGUAUUAAUAUAUUAACAGUUUCUUAAUAUUGUUUGAUUUGCAAGAUUUGUCGAACUAAGCAUUCCAUAACAGUUAUAAAUGUUAAUAUUAACAAUUUACAACUUGUUUGUUUUCUGCUUUGAAAACUUCAAUGUAAAUAUUCCAGUAUCUGUAAAUAUCAAUGUUCCUUAGUGUAUGCAUUCCAACUUUUUAAGUUACCUCUUAUUUGUCAUGUUUUUAGCAUGACUAGGGCAUUCUUAAAUUUCUAGACAUUAGAUACCUGUGUACAUUUAAAAGCUUUUUGUUAAUUUUAUCUGGGACAGACCAUCUCCAUUUUAUGUCAACAUGUUAUGCUACACUUCUAAAUGUGUGUACCGGGUAUUCAUUAUAUCAGAUAGAAGACACUGGAAUAUGUUUGUCACCGUGUCUAGGUAUAUCAUUAUAUUAUACCUUUAACCUUCUCAUUCAUUUCAUCUGGGGUAAGAACCAGUGCAUCAGUUAUUUGAAUAAGCAGUUUGAACAUGCAUCAGUUAACUUAACAUGUGCACCAUGCAGAUAGUGUGUUCCACAUGAACAGUUUUAUUUAGAUACUGCCUGUCCCAUUAGCAGAUGUAGACUGAACUGGUGGAGUGGGAGGAGUGGGGUGGGGGGAGGGGGGUGUUUGAGGGCAGUGAUAAAAAGGUUGUUAAAUUUCUGACAUAGGUUGUUUUGGGGUUUUUGCAUGUUUAGAUCACUGUUUACCAAGAUAGUGGAAAUAUUUCACUUUUUUUGUCCCAUCAUUCCUUCCCUGAUUUAAGUUCAAGGGGAUGGAAAACACCCAAAGCAUGCAAACUGAAUCACUGGUGUAGCCCAGACUUUAUAUUGUCGGGGCCACCCACAUUUUCGGGUGGGCAGUGACAUUGUCCGAGUCAUGUUAUGGGGUGACAGGAAAAUACAGAACGUGGAAGAAAAAGAGGUGUGGGGGGGGGGGGGGGGGGGGGGGAGUUUAUUGCCCCAAUGCCCCUCACUGGCUAUGCCAGUGAACUGAAUGAAUUAAUGUUUAAAACACUCCGUCACAAAGAAUACAUCAGCUAUUGAGUGUCAAACAAAGGUGAUAACCAAAUCAAUAUAAAAAUUCUAAAGUUAAAUUAAAACGGUGUCGAGAUCUGUGCAAAAAUAAUAUCAUGGGUAAAUAAAUUGAAAAUUUGGAAUAAAAUACAGUCCCUAUUUAGAAUUUCAACAAAAGUUCAGUGGAAUUGAAACUAUUCCACAAUAUUUCUUCUACCAAACACAUAUUUUUUUUAUGUUUACUCAAGAUGAUUGCAUUCCACCAAAAUGUUUCAUACCAUCAGAAUACACUGACAGUGCUCACACUGAUGUGGAGGUGUCAUAUUCAGAAUAAAUAUAAUGAGUCAAGUAUGUAUGACGGAUGUGAGUUCAACAAGACUAUUUCACCCUUCCUGCACUGCCUAUAGGAGGACUGCCAUUCAUCCAAAUUUAGUUUUACUACUAGUAAUUGUUAUGUCAAAGGACUUCUACUGACCAUUGUAGUAGACCUAGCAGAAGCAAGAGACAGUUCACAAACAUGAAUAAUAAUAUGGUAGCUAGAAAAUAAUUUUCACCUGCUGUUUGGUUAGAUUUGUUGACUUAAUUAAUUAUGUAUGUAAAAUCUGUUGUUUUCAUCACAGGUAACUUUGAAACUUUACUUAUAAUAUGCAACUUGAAAAUGAACCUGUGUUGUGUAUGUCUGUUGAUUACAGUAAUGUAUUGUUAAGUUUUCACCUGAAACUUUUUAAAUGAUUGUGACAAACAUUUCCUACAUUUCCAGUUAACCCCGGUUUAAUUUUUAGAUCUUGUUUAUAUAUUAUAAUAUUUUAAUUGGCUUUUCAACUGCUUAGGUACAUGUGCUUCCAAUGGCAGAAAAUUUUAUAUUUUUUUACCUGAAAAUAAAGGUAGGGUUAAUCAUA